CAUGGAUGGGUGACACAGACAGGCAGCGUUUUAGUUUUGACGGUGUUUUGUGGACGGUACAUUGUGGAGGGACAACAGAGAAAGGCACCGACACACCAAGAUGUUCCCGCUUGUCCGAUUGUGGCUUCUCCUCCUGUUUCUUCACACACUGACACUUGCUGCUCUCGCGAGAAGAGGGAGGAGAAAUGUCCUCUUCAUCAUGGCAGAUGACCUGAGGCCAUCACUGGGCUGCUAUGGGGACUCUGUUGUGAAGUCACCAAACAUUGACCAGCUGGCAUCCAAAAGCCAAGUUUUCCUCAACACAUAUGCCCAGCAAGCUUUGUGUGCUCCCAGUCGUGCCUCUAUGUUAACUAGCCGCAGGCCCGACACAACCAGAGUCUACGACUUCAACUCCUACUGGAGAGAUCAGUCUGGAAACUACACCACUCUGCCUCAGUACUUCAAAUCUAGUGGGUACUUCACCGCGUCUGUGGGCAAGAUUUUUCACCCAGGUAUCUCCUCCAACUUCUCGGAUGACUACCCUUACAGCUGGUCCAUCCCUGCCUAUCAUCCACCAUCAUUUCACUAUGAGAAAAAAAAGUUAUGUAAAGGCGAAGAUGGUAAACUCCACGUCAACUUACUGUGUGCAGUGAAUGUGACGGAGCAGCCUGGGGGAACCCUCCCAGAUCUGGAGAGCACAGAGGAGGCUGUGAGGUUACUGAAGAGUUGGGCCAACAACGACGCUCCUUUCUUCUUAGCUGUGGGCUUUCACAAACCCCACAUACCCUUCAGGAUACCACAGGAGUACUUGAGCCUGUAUCCCAUAGAGAACAUGACCCUGGCUCCUGAUCCCAACGUCCCAGAAUUCCUUCCUCCUGUUGCAUACAACCCAUGGACAGACAUCAGAGGGAGAGACGAUGUCCAGAAGUUAAACGUUAGCUUUCCUUAUGGACCAAUUCCUAAAGACUUCCAGCUGCGUAUUCGUCAGCACUACUUUGCUGCUGUGUCUUACAUGGAUGCUCAGGUUGGACGUCUGCUCAGUUCCUUAGAUGCACUUGGUCUGGCUGAUGACACGAUGGUGGUGUUCACCUCAGAUCAUGGUUGGUCAUUAGGUGAACACGGUGAAUGGGCUAAAUUCUCUAAUUUUAAUGUUGCCACACAAGUCCCUCUUAUGUUUUAUGUUCCUGGCAUUACAAUACCUCGUGAUCAGCUUGGAGAGUCCACUUUUCCCUUCAUCGACAUCUUAACCCAGCCAAAGUACAGUUUUAAGAAUGACAACGUGAGAAGAAAUGUGGUGGAGUUGGUGGAUGUUUUUCCCACAGUCGCUUCCAUGGCUGGCCUCAGAGCACCUGAGCAUUGUGCUGAUGUUUCCUUUCAGGAGGAGCUGUGCACAGAAGGAGCCAACCUGGCGCACACCUUCCGACGCAGGGAAAGAGGAAAGGAUGAGGAAGCAAUAGCUUACAGCCAGUAUCCUAGACCUGCUGAUACACCACAGGUGAACUCUGACGUUCCUGACCUUAAAGACAUAAAGGUCAUGGGUUACUCUCUACGCUCCUGGGAUUAUAGAUACACUCUCUGGCUGGGAUACAACCCAAAAACAUUUCAGGUGAACGUGACUGACGUCCAUGCUGGAGAGUUGUACAUGUUAGCAGACGACCCUGGAGAGGACAAGAACGUCUACAGUGACCUUGAACAAAGUGUGGUAAUAAAGAAACUGUCCACUCUGCCUCGUACUGUGACUCUGCAGAAGAGAAUGAAGCUGCAGCUCCUCUACCUCACAGCAGGGAUGAAAAUGAACCGGGGGAAGGCGUGAUGACGAGAAUAAACUACAACAGAUGGACAAACAGGGACAUGUACAAAGGGAAGAGGGAUGGGUAAAACUUUUUUUUUUAUCUAGAAAGGGAGAACGCCUUGGAUUUUUCUUUUAACGCACUGCAUACUUGAUUCUGUAAUCCCAGGGGGUCACCAUUGAUCUUCACAGCUCAGUUCAUGACUCACUGUCAAGCAGACCUGGAUUCAUAAAAAUAUAUAUAUAUAUGUAUGUUUUUGGUUUCAAGAUAUUUUUCCUUUGCAGGAGUUUCUUUAACACGGGUGUAAUUUUAAUUCUGAUGAAGAGAACCAUCCAUGUGGGAGCAGAAAGUCGUGACUGAAUCCUCUUACUCUACCACAACAGCUGCUCUCAUUGUGGGUAAUUACUGACUUGUGUUCAGUAAAUGUCUCUGAUUUUGAAUGGCAAUGGUUGAAGAAAGACCCUUUGCUCUUUGGGUGCGUUUUCCUGUUCUGCAAGGUUAUAGCAUUAAUGUAAAUAUGCCGAAUGACAAUCUAUAGCUAACUGUAUACAGUAGGCAAAUCGCUGAAGAUUAAUUUGAUCAAUAUGUACAUAAUUAAUAAUUCAAAUAAACAUUAAUUAGUAAACAUGUGGUCUUUGGAGAGACCCUCGUCAUCUCAGACUAGUUUCUCUCUGUUCUCAGUCUUUAUGCCAGGCGAUCACUAGAUUAAUUAUAUUUACUUUACACACACACCAUUCUCUAAUCUGACUUUCAACUGUCCUCAAAAUGUUAAACCGCUCUGAUCGACUGACCUCGCCACGUCCUCCAACACUGACAACACAUUUUACAAGCCUUUUACAAAUCAGUCUUUUCAUCGAAGAAACACCAUUAAACCAGAUAUUGAUUAAUAGUGACACCGUCUUCCCUUUUGGAACAAACGUAUCGAUCAGCCAGCUUCAGGUGUAGUCUCCACUUUCAAGUACAACAGCUAAAAAUGACUUGAAUUGUUUUGUACAGUAAUGUAAAACAAAAUUACAUUUCUAUUUGCACUUGAUGUCCCUCGCAGCCGUUUGCUGCUUCUCUUGUAAACAGUCGGUUCCGAUCAAUUUGUGGGCCUGAAAUGAAGUGAGUAAAAGCCAUCCCAUAAUAAUACAAUGCAAAUGAAACUGAGCAUUUUACUGCUGUUCCAAUGCGUGAACAUUUUGUGCUGCGGGUAAUUUAGAAGAAGGCAAUUUCGGCUUAGAUUUCAGGUUCAGCAAUGAAUCAAAGCGGUUUAGUUUGACGACUUUUACUGAAGGCUGCACUGUCCUCGUGUUAAUGGGAUACUGGUGAAUCAUGAGAUGUGUGGGUCUCCUGUGAAAUGUCAGGAUGUUGGAAAAGAACUGACUCAUUUGCCUUGUUUGUCAUCAGACAGUACAUAUGGUCAGAUACUGUAACUUGUACUCCCUCACAAUUUUUCCUGUGGUUUGCUUGUGUUGUCACAAAUGUACGUCUCGAUCAAUGGAUUUAAUCUGUAACAUGAUACAGAUUUACAGAUAUGGUCGGUGGAAAAAUCAUCUUACCCCCUUGAGUUUGGUUGUGUCGGAACAUCCUUAAACUUGAGCUACAUCUCUCCUAAAAUGUACAAAUAAUAGAAACCUUGAGCUUGGCAAGAACACAUUAUGUAUUCAUGUCAUGUCAUUCCAUUUCUUUGUGCAAACAAAUAAAAUAUUUUUGUAUUUUUUUGUUAUCA